CUAUGCCCUCAUGAAACGUGUUGCUGUUGUUUAGGAUGCUGUUAGCAACAUUUGGACACAAUUUGACAGAAGUGAACUUUGAGUUAAACAAAGAGUUUCACGACAUUGAUACAGACAAAAAUAAUUUUGUAAAUCUUCAGGAGUUUGAAGCUAGAAUAACCUCGUGGGAUGCCAACAAGGAUGGUUGCGUUACACAGGCCGAGUUUUUUUCAUCGCAUUCAAGUGAUUCACUCAAAUUCGAAUGGGAAUUAUUUAACCACUUUGAUCAUAACAGUGAUGGUUGUAUCGAGGUGGAAGAUGAUAUAGCUGAAUUCCACGAGAUUGACGUCAAUCCUAAAGACAACAAGAUAUCACUACAGGAAUAUGAUGCGGAAUACGACAAGGUGUUGGAGAGGAUAGGAUUUCUGAACAUUAACCAACCUUGAUUUACGGAAAUGAAUAAAAUGGUUUCAUCCUCAUUAAUUCAAAUAAAUAUAAAUCUGG